AUGCAGCUGUCUGUGCAGAGUGUGAUAAGCAUCAUUUUAUCUAUAAUCGGGAUACAUGGAAUCAUCAUAAACUCCGCCAUCCUGUCUGUGUACAUCAGACUCUGGAAAAAGAGCAAUAGACUCGGAGCCAGUGACCCAAUCCUGCUCUCUAUGGCUCUCACCAAUCUCCUCCUGGUGUGCCAGUUGUUGCUGAGCGAUUACUUGUAUUAUUUUUACUCUCAACUCAACACAGGAAUAUUAUAUUUGCUUUAUGUCCUGUAUGUCCAGUACAAUAUGAGUUUGUGGAACACCGCCUGGCUCUCCAUCUGCUACUGUGUGAAACUCGUCACCGUUACCCACCGGAUCUUCCUCUGGGUGAAAAUGUGGUUUCCCUCUUCCAUCACCAAACUCCUUAUAGGAUCAGCAAUAUGGUCCAUUCUGAUGAAUUUACCCUUUAUAUGGACAGUACAGAUCAUGUUUCUGCAGAAUGGAAAUGUUACUGAUGGGUCAGUAAGUUUUACAAUGAUGGUGGAUAUCCCUUACUAUGUGGUGAACCUGCUGCUCAGUUACAUCCUGCCCUUUACCCUGACUGUCACCUGUAUUGGUCUCAGUGUGACGUCUCUACUGCACCAUGUCUGGAGGAUCAGGCAGAACGUGUCCCAGGACAGCUCAUCCCCUCAGCUCCAGGCUCUUGUUCGGGCGGCUGUGACAAUGGUGCUCCAUGUGGUGUUGGACCUGACAUUCCUUAUUAUCAUUAUGUACUUGUUUACAUUAUCACUCAAUACCAAUACCAUGACACAAACAAUAGUCUGGCUGCUUCUCUUCUCAUAUCCUUCAGUAAUUAGUUUCAUACUAAUCUUUGGAAAUCCCAAAUUAAAGAGAAGUCUCUUCAGAUGA